AAAGUGCCGGUGCGGCACUUCGUGCGGCACUUCGAAAAUGCCGCGCUGUGGCUCACAGUGGCACUUUUCAAAGUGCCACAGUGCCUCAAACCCUCAACGGUUGGCUAUAAAAGCCGACCGAAUGCUGAAGCGAAAUCCAUCAGCUUAGGUGAAGUAUUUUGCAGAGAGAAAGGAGGAGGAAAAGAAGAGAAAGGCAAAGACAGGCAUGAAAAAAAAUUAGAAAGGUCGGAGAGCGUCGUUUUUCUUGAAGAAAAAUCCAGCAAAAACUAAAUAAGGUAAAAUUUCUUUCCCCUACAUUGUUUUUUUAAUAUUUCAUUUAAAUUGCUUAAAAAAAUUAAGUCAAAAAUUGCCAAAAAAUAGGAAAUGAUUCAAUGAUUCUAUUUCGUCUUGAAUUUUUUAUAUGUUGUCGAUAUAUGGACGAUGUUAAUGGUGACAUUAACUUUUGUUUUUACAGAAUUUAUAUAAUUUAAAAUUUAAUUAAAAAAUUUAAACAUUAAUUUUUAAUUGCAAAAAAAUAGAAAUUGAAAAAAUUUAAUGUGGUUGUAGGAAUGGAGCCGUCAAGGAAAGGGCAACCCCAAGAGCGUAAUAUUGGCUGGGAGCAUGGGAAGAUGCUCGGUGAACGGCACCAGUUUCAGUGCAAUUAUUGCCACAAGUGCUUCAAAGGAGGAGGAGUAACCAGAUUAAAGCAGCACUUAGCCGGUAAUUCUCGUGAGAUAUCUGCAUGCUCGGAGUGCCCAUCGAGCAUCCGUCAGCUGAUGAGGAAAAACCUCGUUGAGAUCAAAGCAGCCAAGGAGAGAGCUGCUAAGCAGAAAGCGGAGGUGGAACGCCAAGCUGCAGAAGCACCUUCCUAUCACUUGAUGGAGUCACAGGAGGUCGAGGGUCCAGAUGAGGAGGCACAGAUCCAGGCUGCCAUGCGGGCGAGUCUGGAUGAUCGGUGGCAGCAGGAGGAGGUGGCGAGGCAUCGGGCUCGAUUUGGGCCCUCGUUUUUCGAGUCGGGCGUCGGUUCUGGUGGAAGCAGACAAGAUCCAGAGUUUCAAAGGACAACCUCAGUCAGGGAGGGCGAGGGCAGAGGACGUAGCCGGAUUGCAUCUAUCCUGGGUGGUUUUGGUGGCCGAAAGAAGUCUUCCGGAGGGAUUCCACCAGGUGCGUCAAUCCAUGAUGUAGAUCCGCAUGCCUUCCCCAGGAGAGAUUCGAAGCAGCAAAGGAUAGACACAAUGUGGAAGAAGGAGAAGAAGAAGGAUAUGUGGCGAGCUAUUGGAUCCUGGUUCCACUUCAGCCACAUUCCAGCGAAUGCUGCAGACAAUACAUACUACAAGUCUGCCAUUUCUGCCAUACAGUCUGCCGGUCCCGGUGUCGAUCCUCCAGGCCCGAGGGACAUCUACGGUGAGCUUCUUGACAACAAUAAGGAGGAGCUAGAGAAUUGGAUUGGCUCAUAUAAGAGCAAGUGGCCCACAUAUGGGCUCACUCUGAUGUGUGAUGGUUGGACCGGUCCGACAAAGCGGGCCAUCAUCAACUUUCUGACAUACUGUGAUACGAAGACCUUCUUCCACAAGUCAGUUGAUGCUUCAGAUAAGGUGCACAACGCCUCAUACAUCCUCAGACUUAUGGAGGAGGUGAUUGAUCAGAUUGGAGAGGAGAAUAUCGUGCAGGUCGUCACUGAUAACGGGCCGCAAUAUAAGUUGGCCGGGCAGGUCUUGAUGGAGCGGCGACCACAAAUUUUCUGGACCCCAUGUGCUGCACAUUGCAUCGACCUCAUCCUGAUGGACAUUGGAAAGAUCCGUAGGGUGCAACAUACGGUGGAGAUAGCCCAACGCAUCACCAGGUAUAUUUAUAGCCAUACUUGGGUUCUUUCAUUAAUGAAAAAGUAUGCAGGGGGAGAAAUUUUUAGACCAGGAGUCACACGGUUUGCUACGAAUUACAUUGCACUUGAUAGCCUUAUCGAGAAGAAAGGAGCCCUACGUCAGAUGUUUGUCAGUCCCGAGUGGCAGGAAAGUAGAUAUGCCCAGGCCGGCACUGAAGGAAGCAGAAUGGAAGACUUGGUAAACAGGCAGUCAUUCUGGCAGCGGGCCAAUGCGAUAGUCAAGGCUAUCAAACCAUUAUAUCAAGUGCUGCGGGCCGUGGAUAGCGAGAGGUACCUCCAGAUGGGCUUUUUGUAUCACAUGAUGGAGAAGACAAAGGCUCAGAUCAUGGAGGCAGAUGUAGCCCAUGCCCAGGAGUACAUCGACAUCAUUGAGCAGCGGUGGGGAGCCCAGAUGGGUAGGAAAUUGUAUCUAGCAGGUAAGCGAUAAUAUUGAUAAUUAUACUGAUUGAUAUAUUUGUAUAAUUAUACUAAGAUGGUGUCAUCUAUGUGCAGCAUACUAUCUGAAUCCCCGGUUUCAGUACGAGAGUGGAAUUGGUAUGGAUGAUGAACUUCUUCAUGCUCUGCGUAAUGUUAUUUAUAAGAUGGAGCCUGAUCCAGAAGUCGCCGCGUCAUGUAUAGAAGAGACCAAAUUAUUUAGAGAGGGCAGCCAUAGCUUUGGACAGCGACCAGCUGUCGUGAGCAAGACAACUAUGAAUCCAGGUACAAUACAAAUCUGCAAGACACCUCUGCAUCUGAAUUAUCUUCAACUAUGAGGCCAUCAUAUAUGUAAAAUGUAAUUAUCUUCAAUAUUUUUGCAGCUGAAUGGUGGAUUCAUUUU